AUGGUUAAUGGCAUGCUGGCUCUCCACAUCAGUUAUGAUGAGGAUGAUGUGAAAACUGGUUUACAUUCUAUACUUUCUCUCUCUGGGACACAGAAUUCUAGGAAGGAGGCUGUUCUGUUAGCCAAAAUGAGACACCCCAAUAUUGUUGCCUUUCAAGAAUCAUUUGAAGCUGAGGGACACCUGUAUAUUGUGAUGGAAUAUUGUGAUGGAGGGGACCUAAUGCAAAAGAUAAAGCAUCAGAAAGGAAAGUUGUUUCCUGAAGAUAUGAUACUUAAUUGGUUUACACAAAUGUGCCUUGGAGUAAAUCACAUUCACAAGAAACGUGUGUUACACAGAGAUAUCAAGUCCAAGAACAUCUUCCUCACCCAAAAUGGAAAAGUAAAACUGGGAGAUUUUGGAUCUGCCCGUCUUCUCUCCAGUUCCAUGGAACUUGCUAGAACUUGUGUUGGAACACCAUACUACCUGUCCCCAGAGAUCUGUCAGAAUAAACCCUACAACAAUAAAACGGAUAUUUGGUCUCUUGGCUGUGUCUUGUAUGAGCUUUGCACACUCAAGCAUCCUUUUGAGGGUAACAACAUACACCAGCUGGUUCUGAGGAUUUGUCAAGCGCAUUUUGCCCCAAUAUCACCAAGGUUCUCCCGUGACCUGCAGGCCUUGAUAUCUCAGCUCUUUGAAGUAUCUCCCCGAGAUCGGCCGUCUAUUAAUUCCAUUUUGAAAAGGCCCUUUUUAGAGAAUCUUAUUGCCAAAUACUUGACCCCCGAGGUCAUUCGGGAGGACUUCAGUCACAGCCUCACACAUAAAGCAAGACCGUUGGCUUCUCAGCCUGCAGGGAAGGGGGUGCAAGAUUCUACGAUACAGAAAGCGAGAUUCCAGGGAAAGUGCCUACCAAGAUCAAGGCCAUCAGAGCCAAUUAAAAGGAAGGAGAUAUUGUAUAGAAAUGAAUGGAUCCCACCAGCUGGAGCUCAGAAGCCUGUAUCUAUAAAAAUGGUAGAAAGGCCCAAACUUGCUGCAAUGCGUGGACAUUAUGAGUAUUAUUAUGCCCAACUUGAUGUGUUGAGGAAGAGAGUGCACGAACCAAGUUACCACUGUGUUCCUCAAAAAGAUUCUGGAGUUGAGAAGAAUUAUAAUCAGAAAGAAAGCCACAGUCCAUCACCAGGUCAAUGGCCUGCUGAAUACCUUCAGAGGAAAUUUGAAGCUCAACAAUAUAAGUUGAAAGUGGAAAAGCAGUUGGGUCUUCGUCCAUCUUCUGCUGAGCCAAAUCACAACUGGAGACAAAAGCCAAGAAGCAACAGAGAAGAGUCUCGAUUCCAGGAGCUGCAGAUCAGGAGAAAGGAAAUGAAGGACCAGGAAUAUUGGAAGCAGUUAGAGGAAAUUCGCCAACAGUACCACAACGACAUGAAGGAAAUUAAGAAGAAGAUGGGGAGUGAACUGGAGGAGGACUCAAAAAUAAGUCAUAAAACCUAUUUAGUGAAGAAAAGCGACCUGCCCGUCCACCAAGAGGCCCCCGAGGAAGAAGCGCCUGCGCAGGACAUUGAAAGAGACUUGAAACAAAUUAGAGUUCAGAACAUAAAGGAAAGUAAAAUUCUAGAACAAAACUGUAAAGCUAAGAGAGGGGUGAAGUUUGAAAUUAGUUUAAACCAAUGUAUUUCUGAUGAAAACACCCUCCAAGAGGAAGAGGCAGUGGAUGUGCAAAAUAAAACUCUGACCUUUAAGCAUGGCAUGAAGCUUAAGGAAUAUAAGUGUGUGAUGGAGUAUGAAGAUUAUACAGACAAAGCAUUUGAAGAACUCUGUUGCCCAGAAGCAGAGUUGCUCAUUCCAGACACUGGGGCCGCUGCAGAGAGCAGGAGACGGUGGGAUGCGCUAGCUCCUCAGACUGUGCUAGAGAUGACGACAGCAGGUGACAUCACCUCUACCUGCACCACUGUGCCCGAGGGUGACUCCACACUCAUUCGGUCUGAGUUGCCAGCACGGGGAGACAAGGCCUCAGAUGCAGGUGGCCAAGGGACGGUGACCGAAGGCAUUCCAGAAAAUAGGAGACGGUGGCAGCACGAAGUGCCAGGAGCUUUAAUGAGCGCUUUGGCUGCAGCACGUCUAACAAGUAGCUCGUUUUCUGCCCACGAAGGCGAAUUGGUGGGAACAUUAGAACAAUGGCUUCCUAAAGAAGAUGAGGGGAAUAUGGAAAUGGCCUCUGGCAUUGAAGUAGAUGAGGAACAACCAAAAUCUGACGAUGAUGAUACGAAUUUUGAAGAAUCUGAAGAUGAGUUGAGAAACGAAGUAGUAGAAUCCCUGGAAGAACUUGCUACUUCCAAAGAGGAAGAAAAAAGAGAAGAGGCUCCUGGUUUCACUAAGGGUGCUGAAAAGUUCGGAGGAGAGGGGAUAGGCACCCAGAAAUAUGCAGAAUUAAAUGAAGGUUUAGAGACUAUUUCUAUUCGAGCUAAUGACAAAGUAUGCAUUGCUGAUGAAAACCGAGAAACAUCAACAACCCAUCAAAAUAUACAAGUGUGAUUAUUGUACUUUUUCUUAAGUGGUAAGUCAGUAUCUAUUAACCGUAGUAUCUGGGCACAAGUCAUAAACAUUCAUUU